ACAAUGAUAAUGCUGUAGGUCACGGUCUGUCAUGAGCGCCCCACAUCGUUACCGAGACGUGACAACUUCGGUUCAUGGUGAAGUUGGCGACGUUGUUUAGGACGUUCGUCGUUGAACAACUCGAAUACGUUGGCGGCAGGUAAACAGCACAAUUGAGCGCGAGUCUUAGAGUUAUUAGAUCUGUAGCGUACGAUCAGUGUUGGUGAGCACUUGGGACUCUAGUUUUCAGGUUGAUUUCACAGGUGUGACCUUUGGAAACUAUCUUCUACGUACAUAGUCCAUGGCGAUUCGCCUCUAUCCAGUAGUGAGAAAUAUCCAUUGCCGCGGACAUCCUAUAGGGCCAGUGUGGAGAACUCACUCAAACUGUAUGUAGCCACCUCGGGACCGAUUUAUGUUUCAUAUGGCCUGUCUUUACCGAGAACGACGCGACCUUGACUGGUCAGCUAGUACCUCUUGUGUUUGAUGUAGGUCUCUAGAACCGUGUUUCCAAAGCUCCGGAUAGAGAUUGUUUCCCCUCUCCUGCCAAAAGUCAUAGCCAGAACUCCUGUCAUGCGAUACCGUUCGGGAAUACAAGAUGUUUCGACGCUAUCGGAGGUUCUCUUUACGGAUGAGCGCGGAAUGUUGAUGAUAUAAUAACAGUGGGCGACAGUCAUUGCUUUUUUCGCUGUCCACUGCGCUCCAUCCUACUACAGUUUCCUCAACACGAUGGCUGACCAACCCCUUCCUACGUACGUUCUGGUAGUCCUGGUUGCUAUCUCCAUGUUCAUCUACAAGUGGAGAUUCGGAAGUCUGAGUUCGAUCCCUACUAUCGGAACUUCGGAUCCUCUCUUCUCUUAUUUUGGUGCCUCUAGGCUUGUUCGCCAUGCAAGGGAAGUACUCCAAGAAGGAUAUGAGAAGUACAAAGGCGGGGUCUUCAAAGUUGCUAUGUAUGACCGUUGGCUUGUUGUCGCUGGAGGUGGCAAGCUGGUCGAGGAACUGGCGAAGUAUUCAGACGACCAGAUGUCCUUCAUGGAAGCAGCUAUCGAUGUGAUUCACUUCAAAUACUCAAUGGGCAAAAACAUUAUGGAUGACCCUUUUCACGUUGACGUCAUACGUGGCCAGCUUACACGCAAUUUGGCUAUGGUGUUUCCCGCCAUGUGUGAUGAGAUUGAGACAGUUUUCGCUGAGGCCAUACCUGCUACCAAAGAAUGGACUCCUGUCCACUGCUUCCCACUCCUACAUGCAAUUGUGGCUCGGAUCAGCAAUAGGGCCUUCAUUGGUCUUCCAAUGUGCCGACACCCUGGAUACCUUGAGGUGGCUGUCAAGUAUACUAGAGAUGUCGCCAACGUCCGACGAUUCCUCUCAUACUUCCCCCACUUCCUGAAACCCGUCGUCGCGCCUUUCGUGACUGAUACUAAACAGAGUCUUCGACGAGCAAUUGAAUGCCUUCGGCCCACCCUUCAGGAGCGUCUCGAUCUGAUGCGUGUCUAUGGAAAAGAGUGGCCAGACAAACCCAACGAUAUGUUGCAGUGGAUAUUGGAUGCGGCUUUUGCUAGGGACAAAGGUAUCGAAGCUAUGGUCUCUGCAAUUCUCUCAACAAAUUUUGCGGCAGUGCACACCACUUCCUUUAGCUACCUUCAUGCACUUUACUAUCUUGCCGCCAAUCCUGAGUACACACAGCCCCUACGUGAGGAGGCUGAUUCCGUGAUCGCAUCAGAAGGUUGGACCAAGGCUGCAAUGACCAAUUUGAAGAAGAUCGACGGCUUCUUGCGGGAAUCGCAGAGGCUUACUGGUGUCAGUGGAGUUUCCGUCAUGCGCAAGGUUAUAAACGACAUUACCUUGUCUGAUGGCACGUACCUUCCUAAAGAAACUGUAAUCGUCGUGCCGGCAUUAGCGACACAUACCGAUAUCAGCAAUUACGAGGAUCCCAUGGUGUUCAAUCCCUAUCGCUUCCUGGAGAACGAAGAUAAAGGGACCGGAAAGUACUUCGUUAGCACCUCUCCAGAUUAUCUUCCGUUCGGACUAGGCAAACAAGCCUGCCCCGGAAGGUUCUUCGCGUCGAACGAGCUGAAGGCGAUGUUGGCUUACACUGCCAUGAAUUAUGAUGUCAAAACCUCGGAUGGCGCACGUCCGCAGGAUGAAUGGUUUGCUUUGCAAGUCGUUCCAUCCCCAACGGCAAAGAUCUUGUUCAAGAAACGCGAAUUCUGAUUAUGGUGCAUAUCCGAAGUGUCAGAUGUUUUUCAAUAGUACAUUCAUAGUUCUUACUCCUUUGCUUUCUUCCCUUGUUCGUUAACGUGCUUGGAUUUGCUAUUCUCAUGUUUUUCUUCCUGCUCUUGGGCGGACUGUAGUCACUAUUCAUUCGCCAUUUCAGAAUUUGGUGCGAGAGAGAGCCUACAUGCUUUCUAAUGCGGGCGUCAACAGCGAUCUCCGUUCCUUAGAUAACCAUCUUCCAGAAACAAUAUCAAAGUAACGGCGGUUGCUAUUGUUGUUGUUUUAGACAGGGAGAAACUGCGAUAAUUUGUGCUACGAAGGUUAGCUCUUGAAUGCAACGCCUGUCUUUCUUUCGUCUGCACUAUCUUCGUCUGAAUCGAAGUUUAAGAUGGUCUUUCGGCGGUUAUAUAUAACACU